GUCGGGGCCGUCGAAGCCAUGGUGCUGGUGCCACCGCUGCUGCUGCUGCUGCUGGCGGCGGCGGCGAAGGUUGCGGCGGUGGAGGAGCUGGCGGAGGAGCUGGUGCUGGCCCUUGGGGCCGCCGACGAGGUGGUGGCAGCCGUCGGGGCUGCCCCAGGGCACGCCGCCUUCCAUCGUGCUGCCAAGGCGUCGUGGCGGCUGCCCGGGCACUACGUGGUGGUGCUGCAGGAGGGCAGCGGCGAGGCCGAGGUGCGGGGCACGGCGCGGAGGCUGCAGGCCCGGGCGGCACGGCACGGCUACCUCACCGAGCUGCUGCACGUCUUCCACCUCCUGCCCGCCUUCCUGGUGAAGAUGAGCAGCGACGUCCUGGACAUGGCCCUGAAGCUGCCGCACGUGGAGUACGUGGAGGAAGAUUCCUACGUCUUUGCGCAGAGCAUCCCCUGGAACCUGGGCAGGAUCGUGCCGCCGCAGCCCAGCUCGGGUGCCUACAGCCCUCCCAAUAAAGGCGACCAGGUGGAGAUUUACCUGCUGGACACCAGCGUGCAGAGCACCCACCGGGAGAUCGAGGGCAGGGUGCUUGUGACCAACUUUGAGAACGUCCCCGAGGAGGACGGCACCCGCUUCCACAGGCAGGCCAGCAAGUGUGACAGCCACGGGACCCACAUGGCCGGGGUGCUGAGCGGGCGUGACGCCGGCGUGGCCACGGGCGCCAACAUCCACAGCCUGCGCGUGCUGAACUGCCAGGGGAAGGGCACCGUCAGCGGGACCCUCAUCGGCCUGGAGUUCAUCAAGACGACGCUGGAGGCUCAGCCCUACGCGCCGCUGGUGGUGCUGCUGCCCUUCGCCGGUGCCUACAGCCGCUCGCUGAACGCCGGCUGCCGCCGGAUGGUGCAGAUGGGGGUGGUGAUGGUCGCAGCCGCCGGUAACUACAAGGAUGAUGCCUGCCUGUACUCACCAGCAUCUGAGCCGGAGGUCAUCGCGGUUGGGGCAACCAACAGUGAGGACCAGCCCGCCUCCAUCGGCACUCUGGGCACCAAUUUCGGCCGCUGCGUGGACCUGUUCGCGCCGGGGGACGACAUCAUCGGCGCCUCCAGCGACUGCAGCACGUGCUUCACGGCGCAGAGCGGCACGUCGCAGGCGGCCGCGCACGUGGCAGGCAUCGCAGCCAUGCUGCUCAGCGCCGAGCCCGGCCUGAGCCUCGCCGAGCUCCGGCAGCGCCUCCUGCACUUCGCCACCAAGAACGCCAUCAACGCGGCGUGGUUCCCCGAGGAGCAGCGGCUCCAGACGCCCAACAGCGUGGCGGGGCUGCCCAACCGGCUGGGUGCAGACGACCAGCUGUACUGCCGCUCGGUGUGGUCGGCACGCUCGGGGCUCACCCGGCACGCCACGGCCGUGGCUCGCUGUGCCGGCGACGAGGAGAUGCUCAGCUGCUCCAGCUUCUCCCACAGCGGCCGGCGGCUCGGCGAGCACAUGGAGGACAAGGAGGGGAGGAAGCAGUGCGUGGCCCACAACGCUUUCCGGGGCCAAGGCGUCUACGCCAUUGCCAGGUGCUGCACGUGGCCCAAGGCCGAGUGCCAGAUCAACGCCAGCUCGCAGGAGGCUGAGGGGGCCGGCUGCUCCCCGCAGGACCACGUGCUGACCGGCUGCAGCUUCCACUCCCCCUCCGCCACCCUGGGUGAUGGCGGCAGACCCAUGCCGGGGCCGGGGAGCAGGCCUGGCCACUGUGCUGGAAGGACGGAGGUGAUGGCACACGCGUCCUGCUGCCCUGCUGCCGCGCUGGAGUGCCGGGUGAAGGAGCACGCGCCUCAGGGCUCUGCCGAGAAGGUGACGGUGUCCUGUGACGACGGCUGGACGCUGACAGGCUGCAGCGCCUACUCCCAGGGCCCUGGCACCUUGGGGUCCUACGCCGUGGAUGACACCUGCGUGGCAGUGAGUGCCGCUGGCAGCCGGGCGGCCGCGGCCGUCGCCAUUUGCUGCCGGAGCCGGCAGUAGGGACAGGCCGAGCCGCCACCGGGGCGGCUGUGCCAUGCUGUGAGAUGUGGCCACUUGCAGGUGCCAGCCUGUCACUUGUUUGGUGACAGGACGGGCUCCUGCCUGUGCAGGGCAUGGAGGAAGGCAUCACCACGGGAGCACAACCGUGUGGUGGUGUGGCCCCGGUCAAGCCCCUGCUACGAGCCAUGGGGCAGCUCUCCAAGCAGCCACCGUGCAUCCAAAGCCCUGCUGCCCUUCCCCUGCCACAUUUCUACACAUUCCUAUACCUAUACUGACUGUAUAAGCUGUCUUGAGGCUGUUUGUUUGUGUUGCCACACAGCGUAUGACAAAGUCCCCACCUUUAUAUAUAUAUAAGUGAGGAUUGCUCCUUUUUCUCCUGGCUGGUUGCUCCUUAGGUUUCAGCUAACUUAGCUUCACACCUGGUAAAUCAUAGUCCAGCCAUUUAGGGGUGGUUUUAAAAUUGUGUACUCAGGUAUUUGGGAGACCUCUUUUCUUUUUAGACAAGUGUAAGGGUUCUAGUUUAAAAAAGUUGCUUAUCUAGAUUUUGAUCUGCAUUGCUACAGAAUCAGCUACUGCUUUGUUAGUGUUUUUUUUUGUUGUUGUUGAUGUUGGAGUCAGAGUUGAUGAUCUGCUGGUGCUACGUGUUGCUUUAAUGGUUUCCCUUUCAGGGCUUCCCCAGUCAUACAGAACUGGCAGCAUUUUUUUUUUCUUU